UAAUGGGCUUUUGGAAAACUCAGUCUUUAUUCACCUUUCACCUCCUCCCAAUCCACUAAAUAAUAACUGCCUUGGAAGUUCCGACAAGAAAAAAGCAAAAAGUUUAGUUAAGGGCGAAUUAGCUAAAUUAACCUUUAACUGGUAA